GAGAAAAAUGAAAAGGAUGUCCAGAAAAUGUGGGAGAUUCUCUACAAGGAGUCCCUAUCGUUGUCCCUUUCUAGUCAAACACAGAACCAGACGAUAAAAAAUUUGUGUUAAAACAAUUCAAAACUUCAGUUCGAUCAUAAACUGGCACUGAUUCUUUGAGUACAAAUGUGGGAAGAGUAGCUGGGUUUUUGGUCACAGACAGAGAUUUCAUCACUUUCCAAAAUUUCUGUUGGUUGUUGAGGUCCUUAGUGGUGACGGACCAAAGAUAUCCCGAUUUGACCUUUUUGACAAGCAAAGUGCAUUGAUUCCGGAGCUGUCUUAAAAAUGACCAAUCAGUGGCAGAAUUACUUUGUCUUGCCUUUCCAUAUGAGUUGCAGAAAAGAGUGAACAACUAGCUCAAAAUAAAAGUAACUGAAAUCAUUAAUGAAAUCUUCAAUGCCAGUUGUAGAUUGAUGGAAAGAUGCAGAGUUGUGUUUAUUUUACACCUCAGUUGUGUUAUUUCAACAUGUGAUGUGAUCUCACUGAUCUUUAGGAAGUGUUUGUGAUCUGUGUGACCUCGCCACAUACUUUUCUUUCCACUUAGUUCCGUUUCCAUUUCCUGGCAUUGUUCCACUAGAUAACUGUUUGUAUCCAUUCAUCAUCCCCAUUCCUUGCGUAAUUCACAAACUAUUACUAACCAAGUAAACACAUGCACAUUGUUGAUAACAGUAUUGAUAGUACUAAACACAUAUAGUGUCCAACUGAGUCAAGGUCUCUGUCCUUUGCUGCAGGACCAACAGAUGAUGUCCCGUUAGAUCCGCUCGUGUGUGUGUGUGUGUGUGUGUGUGUGUGUGUGUGUGUGUGUGUGUGUGUGUGUGUGUGUGUGUGUGUGUGUGUGUGUGUGUGUGUGUGUGUGUGUGUGUGUGUGUGUGUGUGUGUGUGUGUGUGUGUGUGUAAUGGGAGGGUAGGCUGCUUGAUAGCUCAGUUAUCUGCCAACAUUGGAGCAGAGAGCGGUCACCUUGUGUCUGUCUGCAGUCUGAACACACAACUCUUGGUUUUGAAGACCACAAGACAAGAAGGCAUCAGGGGGGAUUUAUUUGUCCUCUUCAUAAAUCGUCCUAGUAAGCUUCUCCUUGUAGACGAUGGGCGACGAACACAAUCAUUCGCUGUUUGUGAACGGCACGCCGUGGUUCAUCCACGAGUGCACCCUGGAGCUGGACGCAGAGUACCGUCGCAUCUGCCUCUUCCUGCUCUACCUCUUCAUCUUUGUGGUGGGCCUGCUGGAGAACACAUUGGUGGUCUGGGUCAACUGGCGACGACGCCACUCCGCCAACGGCGUCCUCUUUUGCAUCCUCAACGUGAGCCUGUCGGACAUGAUGGUGAUCGCCGUCCUGCCCUUCUUUAUGAUGGAGGUGACCGUCAACAGGGUUUGGCUGUGGGGACGCUUGCUCUGCAAGCUCACUAAUCUCAUCUACGAGAUCAAUUUCUACAGCAGCUCCUUUUUUCUGGCCCUCAUGACUUUGGAGCGCUACUUGUCUCUAACCAGGCCUUCCUUUCCGGCCUUGUUCCCAGUGGUGGGCCGGCGCCGGUGGGCUGUCUGCGGUGGCGUGUGGCUGUUCUCCCUAUUCCUGGCUGUGCUGGAAAACAUCCAUGUGGAUCUUCUGGAGUGGGACGAGCCAGGCUGCUACCUGCUGCCUCAGAACAACUACACCGAGUGGUUUGUGUCUGUGACCUUCCUGUGUCUAAUCUUCCAGUUCCUGGGCCCUGCCUCCGUUAUCAUCACCUGUAACGUGCUGAUCGCUCGGGCCAUUCAAACGGCACCGGACGUGCAGGGUCGGCGGGACGUGUGGCUGGUGCAUGUGUACUCUCUGGUGUUUGUGGUGUGCUGGCUGCCAUACCACCUGGUCAUGUCGCUUAUGAUCAUAGACGACCUGCACCCCAUCCUCUUCAGCUGCAACGUGGUGGAGGUCAUCUACUUUUCCUUCAGUGUGGUGCAAACCCUCUCGCUCUUUCACUGCGUGGCCAAUCCUAUCCUCUACAACUUCCUCAGCAAGAGUUUCCGUGACAACCUCAUCAACACCGUGGUCAGCCACAUACCCAGAGAGAGCGCCACAGAGAAGGGGGGCGCACAGCCCAACGCUGCAAAUGGAGGAGGGGGCGAUACAGGGAAGCAGCGCAAGUUGAGUAACGCCAGCACCAGCCAGUCUGAUGUGGGAUCAUGAUCUCCCACCCAAAAAAGAGCAUUUCAAACGAAAAUGGCAUCAAAGGUGGCGACUGAAACCUCUACUGACAGUUGAAAGAAGUUUACUUUCAAAUUGAUUUAUUUCCUUCUGCACAGCUCAAGGUUCAUUUUUGUGAAUCAAUUUAGUUAUUGAAAUAAGAGGUGACUUGUGAUAUGUUUGUGGUGACUUCAAUUGUCAACAACAUUCCAACAUGUUCUGCAAAAUUGUUUACACUGUUUGUUGGUCUAGUGGAGGCGCACCCUAGUGGGUGAUUUAAAGAAUGCACUUCUGGUUUUAAAGUAUGGGCAACCAUAUCCGGUUUUUGUCAAACCGUGAUACCAAUUUUAAAUGCGGGCAUACUUUUUCAGCAAAUUAGUGACAGCCGUGAUGAUUUUUCUCACAAAUUGUAAAAAUGUCCUACAUUUAAUUGUUGUAUAUGGGAAAUUACAAAUUAUCGGAUUAGAAGCUCCAAAUUAUCGUAUUUUGAGGAAAAAUAUUGAAUAAAAUCGAAUUGAUGUUACUUAGGACCAUCAGUUACAAUAAGAAAUGACUACAAAUCGUGUAUGUGGCGUGAUUUACCUUUAAAUAAACUAAAACAGCACGGUUGGAAAGUACACUUAAUUACUUGGCUUUAUAGAGUCACAUGACGCAAUUAACAUCAGGCACGGUGCAUGCUAUCUGUUUAGUAAUAACCACGUUCCAGGACGUCAUAUCAUCGUACAUUAUUGCCAUAUUUACAAAUAAGUUAAUUAGACUACGUCGGGCAACGCUGUCCUCCUAUCCAGCCCCGCCCUCUCUUCCAAAUAUGGUCAUCUCAAAUACUCGCGAAGUGACAAGUCAUCGAUUCAAAACCCAUAUUGUAUAUUUUUAUUUUUUUUAAGAGUACCUAAUUUUGCUGAACAUAUGAAUGCAGGAAUUCUACAUCCAAUCCUACAAAUAGGAAUUUAUUGCAAUAUUACCAAAACUUUAACAGUACUGUAAACAAACUGCUCUAAGUGACUUAUAAGUACAUCUAUCUACCAGAUAAACGUUCUGCAGUCACGUGACUCAUUUCUUGCCGAAUAUAUCUUCCUCUUUAAGACUGAUGCUUUGUAAAAUCUAAAAAUAAAACUCCAGAUGUUGGGAAA